UAUACGGAUCAACAAUCAAAAUAUUCACAAACAACUUCUCUCACGCAUUUGUUUUUGCUAGUCGCGUAUAUUUUGUGUACAGUACCGAAAUAAUCAUUAUUUUCAGCUAAAACAUAUCGCGCUCGCCACAUCCGCGCUCGCUAGUGUCGUCACACAUUCCACCAUGCAAAAGUACGAAAAGCUAGAGAAAAUCGGCGAGGGUACGUACGGAACCGUGUUCAAGGGUAAGAACCGGGACACGCUCGAAAUCGUCGCGCUGAAACGUGUGCGGCUGGACGAGGACGAUGAGGGUGUGCCGAGUUCGGCGCUGCGGGAAAUAUGUUUGCUGAAGGAGCUGAAGCAUAAAAACAUCGUCCGGCUGUACGAUGUGCUGCACUCGGACAAGAAGCUAACGCUCGUGUUUGAGCACUGUGAUCAGGAUCUGAAGAAGUACUUCGAUAGCUUGAACGGCGAGAUCGAUCCGGAUGUGGUGAAAAGCUUCAUGUAUCAGCUGCUGCGCGGGCUUGCCUUCUGCCACAGCCACAAUGUGCUGCACCGGGACCUAAAGCCACAGAAUCUGCUGAUCAACAAGAACGGGGAGCUGAAGCUGGCCGAUUUUGGGCUGGCCCGUGCGUUCGGCAUACCGGUGAAGUGUUACUCGGCGGAGGUGGUUACGCUGUGGUACCGGCCGCCGGACGUACUCUUCGGUGCCAAACUGUACACGACCAGCAUCGACAUGUGGUCGGCUGGGUGCAUCUUUGCGGAGCUGGCCAAUGCCGGCCGGCCACUUUUCCCCGGGUCGGAUGUUGACGAUCAGUUGAAGCGAAUAUUUAAGCUGCUCGGAACGCCCGAGGAAGAGAACUGGCCCGGCAUAACGCAGCUUUCGGACUACAAACCGUUCCCACUGUACCCUCCGACAACGUCGUGGAGUCAGGUGGUGCCGCGACUUAACUCGAAAGGGCGAGAUUUGCUGCAGAAGCUGCUCGUCUGCCGUCCACUGCUGAGACUAAGCGCCGAACAGGCCAUGUCUCACCCGUACUUUACCGAAAACUGAAAGCGGUUCUAGCAGUUACGGGCGCUGCUGACGACCAAAGUAUCCCCCGGAACACCUUCACCACCGGCCACCAGCACUACCACUAUUGCCGCGCCGAUUGCUGCCGAGGAGCUGAUCUGCGAAGACGUGGACAGCAGACGGGACGAUUUGGACGAUGUGAGCAAUCCGAUUUUUGCGGGCCAAACGAACGACGCCGUGUAUGCCUCUACCCCACUAGAAACGAUCAACGAAUAGAAAAACGAUGACCACCCCUUACUGGGGGUGGUCCUUAGUUUCUAGUCUCUCAUAAAAAACGUCCCAUUCGCUCAUAUCGCCGCAAGCAGUGUCGUCCGUUUGGCGAUUUAUUGUGAUCCUAUUCCACAACUGGCAACUCAACGAGAGACCAACUACCAUGAAGGGUUUCCAGAAGAAAAACGUCCACAAAACGGCCGGUGAUUUAUAUACUAUUCGAUUCUCUCGCCACGAAAAUAUGUUUCCCCCGGUGAACCGUAGGACGGAUUACUAUCACUCGGAUUGUGAUGAAACGCGACGUCGAACUGAUUUGUGUUAGGCUUUUGUUUUGUGAUAGGUUUUCUGUACCGUUUUUAUCCUUUUAUUCCCUACGAUCCCUUUAAGUUCGGGUAUAAAAGUGUAUGGAGGUGUAAACCGCGAGAGUGUCAUGAGGAAAUGUGGAAGUUUUUGCUUGUUUACUUGCUCAGAUUUACAGCUAGUUGAUGUAGUAACAGCAAAGGGGUGUAACACAGCAAUCCAAAGCCAUUUGUAUGUAAAUUAUAAUGAAAUAUAUAAAUAUUAGUAUCAGUAGCGUGAA